AUGGCGGCGCGUUUCGUCUGCCAGAUCAUUGGGUACCAGGCCGUGACCGUGUCCCGGCGCCGCGGCCGGCUCGUGUCGUUUUGGGAGGAGCCGCAGUUUGCGGCGAUGCGGCAAAACUACUCGCGCUACCUGAUCGAGUUUCUCGGCAUGGUCAACCGCUGCAUCCGGGGCAGUGGGAGCGGCGGCGGCACAUCGCGCGCAUUUCACUACCUCUGGAACUUGCUCUCGUUUGACCUCACGCUCAACGAGUCGCUGUGGCAGGCCCACGUCAAGGGCGCCCUCGCUUAUGCGCAGCUCGUGGGUGGCCCUAGAGCGGCCCUGAGCCUGCCUGGGCCGACAAUCUUCUUUAGACAAUUGGUUCUCCAAGCGAUUGUGAGCAAUGCCACCAGCCCCACGACGCAUCAAAUCACCGGUCAUCUCGGCUACACCGACGACGACAUCAGGACUAUACUCGCUGACGAGGACAGUACGCGGCCCUUUCCAGUAGAGUUGGUCGUGGUUUUGAGACACAUUACGCAAGUCCGAGUCCACGCUGCAUCUCGGACAAGAAGGAAUUCGGAAUUGCGGCAACGCAUGCAGCAUCUGUUUCAACAGAUCAACGCUUUUGACCCGCAUGCGUGGGCCGACGAGCUCGAGUUUUACCGCGGAGCCGUCACGCCCGCCAUCGGCCGGCUCUUCCAGCUCGCGACCCGUCUCUACGGCCUCCUCUCGCUGCCCGCGUCCAUAGCCGCUCCACAGCCAUCCCUGCUCGCGGUCACCAGCCCUGACAUUGCCAGUCUGCGCGUCUCGCAGCGCACCGAGCUGCUGGCUUGUCUCCGCGACACCUGGCCGGCCUUGCCAGAUACGACCAACAUGUCGUGGCCGCUGCUAGUAGCGGGCGUGGCCGCGGCGGACGGCCCGGCAGAGGACAGGGAAUUUGUGGCGCGCUGUCUGGACAGGACGUGGCGGAACCCGCUGGGCGAUGUCGCGCCGUUGCUGGUGUUGGAGAAGCUGCGGGCGUUUUGGAAGUCGGGUAAACGCGGCUGGGAGGAUUGCUUCGACGAGCCUACCCCAAGGUGA